CGUGACCACGUGCAUGCAAGUGAAAAAAUUUCUGUCAAAUUUCUGAGUGAAUCCUAGUUUUUAUUUUUUGUGAAAAGUUGUUUUUUUCACUUGACGAAUCUAGGAAAACUAACCAUGGCCCUGCCAAAUUUGAAUGUGGACUUAAUCAUAUCACCAGUUGAGUGGGAAAUCGAAUUGUCAAAUUUUGUUUUAAUGGAUGUUAUGAAAUUAGCUUUACAGCGUCAAUUUAUUUUGACCGGUAACUUGAAUGGAGCUAAAAUAACCAUUGCCGACGUCAGUGCAGAAUCUGUGAUGAUUUUGGAAAAGACAGUUUGGUUCAAAGUUGAUCGUGAUUCAUCAACUUUUCCAUACAUCAUCAGUCGUGAAGAACUGUUUUCAUCAGGAUUCCAGGAACAGUUGGUGCAGCAACACCAACAAUGUCAGCAACGACAGCAGCAGCAACAGCAGAAGAAGCCACAACCAAUUGAGGUUAUUUACCUCAGUGAUGAUGAUUAG